AUGGCGGAAACUGUGCAAUAUUAUCUCGAGCAAAUGGUUCCCGAGCUUGAAGACUUGGAACAAAAAAAAAUAUUUACUAAAGCGGAGAUCAAGGUAAUCAUAAAGAGACGUACUACUUUUGAGUACUCUUUAAAACGUAUCCAGCCACAAAAAAUGGACUUCUUGCGAUAUAUUGAAUACGAGAUGAAUUUGGAACAAUUACGAAUAAAGAGAAGAAAACGAACGAAUAUUAAAGGAAAAACAACGAUAUCAGACUACGCGAUUCCUCGAAGAAUAUAUCAGAUUUAUGAUCGCGCUUUGAUAAAGUUUAAGGGUGAUGUCGCAUUAUGGUUACAGUAUAUUGAUUAUGCAAAGACUUCUGGUGCUGGCAAGUUGUUGGGUAAGAUUUAUGGGAGAGCGAUUCAAUUACAUCCAACAAAACCAGAACUUUGGAUUCUUGCUGCAAAAUGGGAAUUCGAAUCUAAUGCCAAUAUAGUUGCGGCCAGAGUAUUAAUGCAACGGGGCCUCAGAUUUAACAACGCUUCAAAACAGCUAUGGCAAGAGUAUUUCAAAUUAGAAUUAUUGUACGUGGAAAAAAUAACCACGCGUCGUAAGAUUCUCGGGAUAUUAUCAAAGGAGGAUAAAAAACAUCCAGAAGAAGAGUUAGAAAUCGACGAGGAACCGGACGAAGUAAAUAUGAUUCGCUUGCCGAAACUUACUGGCGAGGAUCUUUACUUAUAUGAGAAUAAGAAACCACUUUCAACUGAGAUUGAUGAGAAACAAGUCGAGAAACUUAAAGAGGAUAAUAAUAAAAUGCUGCAAGGGGCAAUCGCGAGAACCGUUUUUGAGAACGCAAUUAAGGCUAUUCCAGAUGACUUAAUUUUUCGACAGAAAUUUAUUGAUAUAUGUUGUGAAUUUACAAAUAUCAAAGAAGCAUUAGAACUAAUUUAUAAUAGCAUUCAACAGGAUUUCUUUAAUGACGCCAAAGCACGUGCCUUUCUUGCUGAAAGACAUGUGACUUCAAUUUUGAAUAUAGAGAGUCCAGAGUUUAUAAAUGCUUUGAAAAAAAGUAUAAAUGAAUUUGAGCAAAGUAUUGAGAAACUAAUGAAUACCGAAAUUUGGUAUCUUUAUACCAAAUUCCUGACUAAAUACUUUCAUCGAGUCACUGAACCAAAUUUGCGACGAUACUUUUCAAAAUUGUUAACCAAAGUCUACGAAACAACAGAUACCAAAAACCUUACAUCCAAUGAAAUGUACUUUGAUUGGGCAAAAUUUGUCUCGUCACAACUUGAUUCUCAUGAACUGGCGCUGGAAAUCUUGGAAAAAGGAACGCAUAAAUAUCCAAAUUAUGCGAAACUGUGGAUAAAACGAAUCAAUAUCACAUUAGAAUUGAAAGAUGAUACCAAAAAAAAUAAUCUUUCGCUUUUAUUUGAUGAAGCAUUAAAGCUGAACCCAGUAUCACAAGAGCUGUGGAAAACGUAUCUUGAUUGGCUAUUUAAAAGAUUUAGUAAUGGCGAAUUGGUGGAAUCGAAAUUGGAUAAUUUGUUAAUGAAUUCAAUGCUUACAGUUUCAUCUUUAUCCGGAUCAUCUUCGAUCAGUAAUUCCUCGACGGAAUUAAGAACUAUCCAAUAUGUUGUUGCAUCUCGUUAUCUCGCUUGGGCUAAAGAUCAGGGAGGAAUCGAGAAUGCCAGAAAAAUAUAUGAGAGUUUAAUUUCCAAAACUCUGCCCACCAGAUCAUUCUUUGAAAUAUGCAUUAAUUUGGAGAAAGAAAAUUUAGAGCCCUCCACUCAAUCAAAUGAUAUCGAGCGCGUUAAUCGGCUUUACGAUCAAUCGUUAAGUAUAACUGAAUAUCAACAAAAUAAUAAUGAUAAUGACGAUGCUGAAUUAUGGCUUGCCUAUAUCGGGUUUCUAUUGGAUAAUAAACAGUUUAGCAAGGCCAACCAUAUCUACUGGAAGGCUCACAAAUUAGUACCAAAUCCAGAAUCAUUUGAAGUCGAGUAUCGAGCAUUGUUAAACCUUCGAGAUAUCAAUGACAAAAAGGUCGUGUAG